AUGAACGCAUUUCAAAAUCGAAAUGAGCAAAUCGCCGCUUAUAGAAACUCGUGUGAAAUAGAUAGCUCGCUCUCUAAAUUAAGUAAUAAAUUUGAAGCAUGGAGAAGAGUUGUGGAGAAUGGAGAUACUGCCCGUGAUCAGAAGUUCAGUUCGCUCAACCGAAGCUUGCCCAAGGAAAUUGAAAAGCUGACCAAGGAAGUCCGCAAUGUCGAGAAGACGGUUCUCUUGGUAGAGGAAAACCCCGCGAAAUAUCCGCAUAUUGACGCUCGCGAGCUGAAAUCUCGCCGUAGCUUUAUCAACAACAGCCUUGCUGAGCUGAAGCGCAUGUCCGACUUCAUGCGUUCUCCGCGUGUGCUUCAGAAGAUCGAAGCAGAUCAGCGCAAAAUGCUCGCGGCGCGCAAAGCCACCAGUUCCACGAUGAGUGCUCGUGAUUACGCGAACAACGCGAUGAUAAAGAACAAUCAAGCGCUGCAAUCGGAAUAUAUGAAGAAACAAGAUCAAUCAUUGGAGAUCUUGGCGGACGGCGUGGACCGUCUGGAUAACAUGGCGAAGGGAAUCGGAGACGAAAUCCGACAGCAGGACGCACUGCUGGAUACGCUGGAUACGGAUGUGUCGGACGCGCAGACGCGAUUGGGACAGGCGAGAGAGAAGAUGCAGAAGCUGAUGAAGACGAAUAAUAAGUGCGAGUUUUACUCGAUAAUUAUCUUGUUCAUUGUGAUGGUGAUUAUGAUUUUCUCGCUGUUCUAA